AUGGGUUUUUUGAAUUUCUUAUAUUCAUCCUUGAAUGUUCUACUUCUCGGUAUGAUUCUCAGCUUCCAUGGCUUCCUCCUUGUCCAAUCACAACAAGAUCGAACCCAAUUUCAAUCACCUCCUCCUCCGCCAUCUCCGGUUCAGAAUUCCUCGCCGCCGCCACCAAAUGUCGUGAGUCAAUCUCCGCCAUUUCCUCCUCCUCCUCCACAGACUCCGACUCAGGUCAAUACGCCUCCUCCUCCGUCGCAAUCCACCACUGGCGGCGGUAUCAACCCUCCUAAUACUCCCCCGCCUCCAUUUCCAUCACCUCCUCCUCCCCCUCCGCCUUCACCUUCUCAACCAUCGCAGCCACCGCCGCCGAUUUCUAAACGCUCUCCACCUCCUCCGCGUGUGCACGCUUCUCCUCCACAGUCCAAUAGCAGAGAAUCCCCUAACAGAAACCAACAGCCACGGAGGCUACGGCCGCCAUCUCCGCCUCCUCCUCCCCCACCUCCUUCUCGGGUCUUCAAGCAAUCAGAGAAAAGUGGAUUAAACACAGGGAAAACAGUGGGUCUAGUAUUUGCUGGGUUUGCAGCAAUGUUGCAGAUUUGCGUUGCUGCCUUCUUGCUUUUCAAGAGAAAGCAGCUUCUAAGGAUGACACAUACUUACUGA